AUGUCUUACGAGUUCCCUCAAAAGUACGCCAAAGCGGUCGAAGAAGGUCUCCUUCCUGGCUUCGCACUGCUUGCCGCCAAGAAUGACGAGACCAUAUACUCCCACGCCGCCGGUGUCCGGUCCCAGUUGCAACCUGGGAACCCGGCAUUCGAUAUGGACACGGUAGUCUCGAUAGCAUCCUGCACCAAGCUCAUGACGGCGGUGUUGGCCUUGCAGGUCGUCCAAGACGGACUCAUCAACCUAGAUGAUGCCGAGCCUGUUGCCCGGCUGCUUCCCAAGCUGAGCAGUAAGGGCAUCCUCGAAGGCUUCGAUGAAAAUACCGACGAGCCCAUUAUCAAGCCUGUUGAGGUGCCCGUCACUUUGAGAAUGCUCCUGGCACACACAUCGGGUGCCGAGUACGAUGUCAUGAGCCCGAUGCUUGCCAAGUGGCGCAUGCAACGCGGCGAGCAGCCUUGGAUGGGCACGACUGUCGAAGACAAGACGUCCAUCCCUUUAACGUAUCAACCCGGCUCGGGCUGGAGAUAUAGUUCCAGCUCGGACACGGCCGGACUGCUGAUCGAGAGACUGACGGGACGGACGCUCGACGAAUUGUUGAUCGAGCGCAUCCUCAAGCCUCUCGGCAUACCCGAAGGCGAAUUCACAUUCUCUCCGGACAAGUACCCCGGUCCCAAGGCUCGCAAGACUGACAUGAGCACGCUGGACGAGAACACCAUGGCCCCGCCGGCCAAACACCUUCCGGAUUUCGAUCCAGUGUUUGGUGCAACGGUCUGCCUCGGUGGUGGCGGCUCGUGGGCUACCCCGGAGGCGUACUUUACAUUCCUCAAGGCCGUUGCGCGGCGGGACGGCAAGCUGCUGAACGAGGCUUCGUGGGACGAAAUGUUCCGCCCGCAGUUGGACCAACGAUGCGAAGAUUCCAUGAACUCCUGGAUCGAGUCGUCGCCCUUCAUUUCGCGGACGGUGGGCACCGGCUUGCCGGAUGACUUGCGCAAGUCGUGGAGCUUUGCUGGCAUGGUGUGCAUCGAGGGGCGCGAGGGCGUCGUCAACACUGGGACGAUCAUGUGGGGUGGCAUGCCGAGCAUACUGUGGUUUAUCGAUCCCAAGGCUGAGACCUGUGGUAUCUGUUUCGUUCAGAUCAUGCCCCCUAUGGUGCCGGCUGUCAUGGCUCUUCAUCAGGGGUUCCUCCAGGAGGUUUGUGGCUUGAUGACCACUGCAGGGUAG